CAUUUCAGUCACACGACUAAUGCUCAAAGCUUUCUCCGCCACAGACAUAUUGUCCUGUUUGAGACACGAUGGCUGGUAACGAUGUUGCCUGUUUUUCAAGAACUUGGGAGUGUUCAUCAUCACAUCCAAGUUACGACUACACAGGCUGCUUAUCGCCGAGUUUUCUGAAUUGUUCUGCACCACCAAUGUUCCAAGACAGGAUAACUGUGUUUUCACAAGCUGACAAUUGUUGUACUCUCAGAACACACUUGGAAGCAUACAAACCUUCCUCCCUAUCACAAGUUUCAGAAGACAGAAAUUCUGAGACACCAAAAUUGUUGGGUUUCACGGCUUUCAAUGAUAAGAAAAAUGAGAAAUUCAGCUGGAGGUCGAAUUUUUUCAGUGGCUCUCAAUCAUCAAUGUUCAGGCCCAGUUUUCUUAGUUCCUUAUACCUUGAAAAAAUUAAUGAGGAUGAACCGUACUGGAUCCUCACCAGAUGUGUGGAUGCAUGGGAAAGCUGGGAAAACAAGCCAUGGCUGUUAGCCUUCGCAGUGUUUUUUGUUUACUUACUGCGCAGAAUUACAUUUCGGUUGACAGAUCGGUAUCACUUGAUAAUAAUGCUGUAUCUCUUGCCUCUGAGUGUAUGGAAACACUGGCAUGAAGUCAUCUUUAAAUACUACGAGAUUGUAUCUGUGAUUAUCGUGGCAGUAGUCAUUGUGGCCCUUUGGUUUUUUUCAGGUUCUCUCACUUCCUUCGUUGUGUCUUUGCUCUGUCUAAUAAUACUGUGCAUGUUGAUAGAUGUACUGACAGCUGUAUACUUUGUGACCCGCUUUUGGUAAGUUACUAAAAAAAAGUAAUCCACUACAAAUGACUAACUACUUCUCUCAAAUUAUAAUCAGAUUACUUUACUGAUUACUUCACUGAAAAAGUAAUCGUAUUACUAAUUACUUUCUAAAACAAUUGUCACAUUUUUUGUUUUUAUGCUCACAAAAUUCAAAACAAUGUCUAUUUUCUCCUUGUUCAUUGUUGCACAUCAUUCAGCUCUCACAGAAACGCAAACAGAUGCACAUAUGAACAUAGAAAUUCAAAUUUGAAUUGUAUGACACAUAAAUACUAUAUUUUAAAAUAUUUGUGACCCAGGUAAUGUACUAAAUGUAAGUACUUUCAUUGAAAGUCAGUAACUGUAAUCUGAUUACAAGAAUUUUAAAUGUAACCCGUUACACAACAUUUGUUCUUAAAAAUUAUUAAAUUACAGUUACUAAUUUGUUUUGCAAUCCAAUGACACCCAACAUUGGUUGUGACCCUUCUGGCAAACACAGAAAAAGCACAUUUUCCUAGCCUAUGCUAUGUAUUAUGUAUUUAUUGCAGGGACAAUUGAACUGUGAGCCAGAAGUAUACAGUCAAAAAACUGAUGUUUCCCCUGUAUGUACUGCAAAAUAUUCAGAGUGAGAAGUGUUGGGCCUCUAGUAUAGUCUUCUUAAAAUAGAAGAGUGGAAGGGAAUUGUAGUUUGGUGUUUUCCAGUUCUUGAUUUUUUUCAAGCCGGUCACCUUUACCAAUUAAUCUGUGUGUAUAUACUUCAAUUGUUUCCUUUACCUUUGUUUGGUAUUAAUUGUGUGAUAUGGUUGUUCUGAUGAGUCUUGAAUUGCUCUUGAUAAUCCUGUUAAUCUGUUUUUAAAAGGUGUUUUGGGAUGAUUGGAGUUUUUCUUUAUAAUACAUCUGU